AUGGUUAUGCCGUCUCAUUUAAUUUCAUUGUUUCUUUCCGCUUCACCUCACAGCACACACAUCUGUUCCGCGGCGCGGGGCUUCACCUCUCCACCUGUCACACCACACCUGGAGCGGCUAUAUAAGCGGCCGCGCCGCGCCAGUUGGCCAGAAGAGGUGGCAGCGCCGUCGUCGCCCUUUCUCUCGCCCUCCGCCGCCAUGCGCGCUCUCCUGUUGCUGCUGCCCGCCCUGGCGGCCAUCGCCGUCGCCCAGAAGAACCCGCACUGGGUGGGAGGCCACAACACCAUCGUGCACCUCUUCGAGUGGAAGUUCUCUGACAUUGCCGCCGAAUGCGAGCGCUUCUUGGGCCCCAUGGGAUACGCCGGCGUCCAGACGUCGCCGGUGAACGAAUACUUGUCCCUCCCCUACAACAAUCCCUCCCAUCCUUGGUGGGAGCGUUACCAACCAGUCUCGUACAACAUCAUCAGUCGAUCUGGAAACGAAGAUCAGUUCGCAGACAUGGUCCGCCGUUGUAACAACGUCGGCGUCAGAAUCUACGUUGACGUCACAUUCAAUGAUAUGUGCGCCGCUGCAUUUGGCAACGCCGUCGGUAUUGGAGGCGAUGUCCCUGAUCCUUCGAACAAGAGAUAUCCUGCCGUGCCCUACGGGCCAGACAACUUUCACUCCACGUGCACUGUCAACAACUACUACAAUGGGGACAAUGUGCGCCAAUGUGAGUUGGAAGGCCUCCGCGACUUGGACCAGUCUCAGCCGUACGUGCGACAGAAGAUUGUGGAACACCUCAACCGCCUGGUUAGCCAUGGCGUGGCUGGUUUCCGUGUUGACGCUGCCAAGCACAUGUAUCCUUCGGACCUCCAGGCGAUCUACGGCGCUGUCAACGACCUCAGCACCGAGUUCUUCCCCAGCGGCACCAGGCCCUUCUUCUACCAGGAGGUCAUUGACAUUACUGGCACUGAGGCUGUCAAGAGCUCUGAGUACACUGGCUUUGGUGUGGUGACUGAGUUCAAGUAUGGCGCCAAGCUCAGCGACGCAUUCUUGGGCAACAAUCCCAUUCACUGGUUGAAGAACUGGGGUACCGGGUGGGGCCUGCUGCCCAGCGACAGCGCCCUGGCCUUCAUCGACAACCAUGACAACCAGCGCAACAAUGGCGGCGGCGGUGACAUUCUGACCUACAAGAGGGCGAAGCUCUACAAGAUGGCGAUCUCCUUCAUGUUGGCGUGGCCGUAUGGUAUCACCCGUGUCAUGUCCAGCUACUAUUUCGAUAACAACAACGCCGGUCCUCCUUCUGACGGCAACGGCAACAUUCUGGACGUUUCCAUCAACAGUGACAACACUUGCGGCAACGGUUGGGUUUGCGAACACCGCUGGAGCCAGAUCUACAACAUGGUUGGCUUUAGGAACACCGUGGAGGGCACCAGCGUGACCAACUGGUGGGACAAUGGCAACCAACAGAUUGCCUUCGGCCGUGGUAAUGCUGGCUUCGUUGCCUUCAACGACCAAUACAACACCGACUUCAAGCAGACCCUUCAGACCGGCCUGCCCCAGGGCACCUACUGCGACCUCAUCUCGGGCUCCAAGAGCAACGGCCGCUGCACGGGCAAGAGCGUGACGGUGAACGGCGACGGAACGGCCUACAUCGAGAUCCUGUCCUCCGAGAACGACGGUGCCCUCGCCAUCUCCAGAGACUCCAAGCUGUAAUGAAACAUCAUUACCGGUGACUCAAGAAACUACAUGAAUGGCAAAACGGCUGUAAUU